GAGGAAGGAGGGAGGGAGAGAAUAAGGGAAGGAGGGAGGCAGGUCUGCUGGCCCUCUCGGGUAGCCCCAGCGGCGAGGGAAAGAUGGCGACGCUGGGAGGCGAGUCGCAGCCCUUCCCCUCUGCUGCUCUGGCGGCGGCCGCCGGGGUGGGCGGCGGCGGCGGCGGCAGCGGGGCGCUUUUCCUGCAGGCGCCGCUGAACCGCGGUCUGGAGCGGGCGCUGGAGGAGGCGGCGCACUCCGGGGGGCUCAACCUGAGCGGCAGGAAGCUGAAGGAGUUCCCGCGCAGCGCCGCCGCCCUCAGCCACGACCUCUCCGACACGGUGCGGGCAGAUUUAUCCAAGAAUAGGUUAACUGAAGUUCCUACGGAGUUGUGCCAUUUUGUGUCACUGGAAACACUAAAUCUAUACCACAAUUGUAUCAAAGUUAUACCAGAUGCCAUAGUAAACUUACAAAUGCUAACUUACUUAAAUUUGAGUCGAAAUCAGCUUUCUUCUUUGCCAGCUUGCCUGUGUGGUCUUCCUCUAAAAGUCUUAAUUGCAAGUAACAAUAAGCUAGGUUCCCUUCCAGAAGAGAUAGGUCAGCUAAAACAGUUAAUGGAAUUGGAUGUCAGCUGUAAUGAAAUCACAGCUUUACCACAGCAGAUAGGCCAGCUGAAAUCUUUAAAAGAACUGAAUGUCAGAAGAAAUUACCUCGAAGUUUUACCCCAAGAACUAGUACAGCUUCCCUUGGUAAAGUUUGAUUUUUCCUGCAAUAAAGUGCUUGUGAUUCCAAUUUGUUUUAGAAAGAUGGUGCAGUUACAAGUAUUACUGCUUGAGAAUAAUCCUUUGCAAUCUCCACCAGCACAAAUUUGUACAAAGGGUAAGGUGCAUAUAUUCAAAUAUCUGACUGUACAAGCUUGUCAGAUUAAAACAGCAGACUCGCUGUAUCUUAAUGCCAUUGAACCGCAGCAUUUGCCACAACCUGUGGAAGAGAGCAUUGAUGACAUCUACCCAAGUAAAAAGGAUUCAGAUUCAGGUGUUGGUAGUGAUAAUGGUGAUAAACGUUUGUCAGCAACAGAGCCAUCUGAUGAAGAUACUAUCAGCUUUAAUGUUCCAAUGUCGGACAUUUUGGAAGAAGAUCAUAUUAUAAAGGAUGAUUCAGGUCACCAUACUAACUCAAGAAAAGUGGAAUUCCAUCAAGGAUCUUCUCACACGUUUGUCAAUGAUAAGUCACAAGAAACAGGAAACCAGUUUGAUGAACAGGAUACUCUUACUACUCAAUUUAUGAGCUACAUUAAGAGCAGAGCAGCAGAGUGUGAUGAAUUAUUGAGAAUAGAAGAGGACACACAAUGGCAAGCAGACGAAAUACUAAAUUUAUCAGAAGAACAAACUAUUGAUAUAGCAAUGAUAGAACAACUAAGAGAAGCUGUAGAUUUAUUACAAGAUUCCAACAGUGGUCAAAUACAGAUGGACAUGUCUUCUCUUGGUCAGAGAGAAAAUCCUGAAGAGGAACUGGAAUUCCAGAGGAGGAGGGAGUUGAUUAUGGAGAAAGCAAAGCCUGAAGCAAGAACUUGUGAACAGGGUGAAAAAUGGUCAUUGAGCCAGAAUGAUCUAUUUGUUUGGAACACAAGCGGACAAACCUCUCACAAUGAGGAUAAGGAUAAAAGUCCAACAAUGUCUCCUACUACAAACACCACAAUUCCUUUUGGCCUGAAGCCACGAUCAGUGUUCUUAAGACCACAAAGAAAUUUGGAAUCAAUAGAUCCACAGUUCACAAUUCGAAGGAAAAUGGAGCAGAUGAGAGAAGAGAGAGAGCUUGUGGAACAGCUACGUGAGAACAUAGAAACGAGACUAAAGAUCUGUUUGCCCGAAGACCUGGGCUCGGCUCUGAUGGAUGGUGUCGUUCUGUGCCAUUUAGUCAAUCACGUUCGCCCUCGGUCUGUCGGGAGCAUUCAUGUACCCUCACCAGCAGUACCUAAACUUAGCAUGGCCAAAUGCAGGAGAAACGUGGAAAACUUUUUGGAUGCGUGUAGAAAACUGGGAAUACCAGAGGAGAAGCUCUGCCUACCACAUCACAUCCUAGAAGAAAAGGGCUUGGUAAAAGUGAGCAUAACAGUUCAAGCAUUGCUAGAUGUAACCACAGUGAAACAAGCUUUAUUCACAUGAAACUACCCUCUCUCUGCUGUUACCAGCUACACUGUGCCAUGAACGAAUCAAAAACUGCCCAUUUUUUCAAACUGCAUUGAAAACAACUCCAGUACUCCAAGAGUAUUCUUAUGAUUUUAAACCCAUGUUUCAGACUGUACGUAUGUGUCGAACUACAAAGCAGAAACUGAACAGAAACAUUUUCUAGAGGAAGUUGGCGCUUCACUGCUUUUAUAGCUCACUUUGUACAGUACUUAAAAAAACAACACCUCUCUGCCACUUAAAAUCGUGUGGAGUACACAGCUGUCUUGCAGCAAGAUACUUUGUAUUACUAAACUAAGAAUCACUGUAAUCACCUGGGGGGAGGGAGAAGGGAGAGUAAAUCAGACUGCUACCACCUUCGGUUUUUCUGCAGUUGCUUCAGGCUAUUGCCUUUUAAAAAUAUCCAGACAUUAAAUAUUUAUAUAAAUAUUAUUUAUUAGUGAGUUGUUAUUCAUCCUUUGGAUGCAAAAUGUAAAUUAGGAAACUGUAUUUUAUUACUGCUUUUUUUGUGGUUAAACACUUUAUUUUAAUAUAAAUAUACUUCGUUAUUUUUUAUUCUACUUGGUGUGCAGUAGCUCUAGAUCUCCGUAAAUGGUAUUUUCUAAUAUGUAAGAUAAAAAGCAAACAAAAUAGGUGCUUCUCUUAAAAGAACAGCUAGCUGGAAUGGCAGUCUUUAUUUCUUGAAUCUGUGGAACAUUGGUAAAAAAUUGUCUGCAUUCCAUUGGGUUUCCUACAUUCCAGUAACACCUCUCCCCUCACUAGAUAGACUACAUUGGCUGAAAGUGAGAGCACACCCAUUUUAUUUGUAUAUAGAUGUUUAAAAACAAAAGGAAAUAUGUAAACUUGAAAAAUAAAUGUGAAAAAAUAUUUUUGAUUGCUUAUUUUACUAUGCACAAGACAUUUAACUUUUGCCACAACAAAAUUAUUUAUGUGCAUUAGGAUCAUAUGUCUUGAAAUGUAAUUUUGCACUGUAACUUGAUUUCUUUUAAAGAUUACAGCACUACAGAACAAAUAGUAAAAAAUAGCACAAGAAUGUUAACAAGAUUAACUGGUAGCCAAAAAAUUAACUUGUUUUCUUCAGUGAUUCCUUCAAGAGGAGACAAAACGACUGAAAUUGCCAAAGGCAGUCUCAAAGACCCAGUCUUCCAGAUCCAACUUGCCUGGGUACAGUGCUUCUCUUAUUUAAAAGUAUCCACAGAAUUAAGCACAAUGUUCUGUAGUGCACAUCUGCAGCAUCAGACCUCUACUUCCACAUCGUCAGCAAUAGGAAAUAAAAAUUCUUCUUCUUACCACUUUACAUUUGCAAAAAGGUUUUUAAAAGUAUACUUUAUUAUUAAGACAUCAUGCAUUUUAGAUCACAAAGUUCCAGCACAGUGAUUCUUCUGCUAUCUGGAACAUCCCAUUUUCAUUCACACAAGAAGCCAGUGAUGGGACUUGGGCAAGCAGGAUGGGGCAGUUGCACGUGGUAAAAAGGGAAGCAGGGAGUUGGAAAUGUAGAGUGGCAAAAAAAAGAGGCAAGGGGGUGUGAGGACUAAAUCUUUAAGCAAGAGAAUGUGGAGAGUUAUUGUAUGAAGGCUUUUGGGCAGAGUGAUGCAUACCUGUCACUGCCCCCUCUCGAGGCACUUAGGGUGGCACUUAGGGUGGCACUUAGGGUGGCCUUUGAAGCCACCCAUGCUCAGCAGCAGAUCUGCUGAGCUCCAGCCGGUGCUGAACGCAGAGCACACACUUCAACACUGGCUAUGGGGCUGGGAGGUAGUGACAGCAGCGUGUGAGGAGGAGGAAAGUGGACUCGCAGACAAUGAGCCAGGCAGUAUGCAUGGAAUAUCCAGUUACUUCAACCAAAGCAAAAACAUUUAUUUUAUAGAGGGAACAUAGACUUAAAUUGUAAUUUGAUUGGCAGCUAGCGUAUUGUUUCCUAUAAAAUGUACUGUGCACUUUAACACUAAAUGAAAAUGUAUUUUAAUAUUUUACAGAGCUGCACAAAUAUCUGUUUUGUCAAAAAGCACGAGCAAUGUAAAGAAAAUAAGUUUUCAAGUCAGAGUUUAUCAAAUUUUAGAAGCAUUCAAGGAUCAAGUAUAAAAAUAGGAAUAUUGAUUUCUGCAUCUUGAGGGUAAAAAUGCAGGUUUCCUGAGUAUUUUUUUACAAUGUAUAUAUGGCAACAUGAAGCUUUGUAAUUAUUAUUAUUUUGACAAAUCUUGUUUUUUCAUAAUUAAAAUUUUGUUUUUCUCCUGAUAGUCUUUCACUAUUUGCUUGAAGUUGGCUGUAAAUAAAUAGCUCUAAGUAUUUUGUAAUACAGCUUUUUUUAUGCAGUCUUAACCUGUAUGGCUAAAAAGAGACUCUUCAUGAUCCUUUGUACAAUAUUUAUAUGUGCAAUAAAACAUGCAUGGCAAAUCUGUAGUACUCUGCAGUGAACAUAAUGUAUAUAGAACAUCUUUACUGUAGUUACAAUUAAACUAUAUUAUUUGCAGAAA